ACCCAAAAUCCUGCACUCCGCAUCGCAGGGCGUAUCCAAUUCCACCGCAGCAGCUCCGAGAGAUUCUCACUUCGCUCUCCUCUCACAUGCCUCUCAUCUCUUCACUCUUUUUCUCCCUCUCCUCCUCUCUCUGACUCGCACUCUGAUUCUUUAACUUUUCUCUCUCUUCAACCGAACCUCCUGUAGUUCCACCCCGCGCUUUUCUGCCCUCCCCCCAUCUUUUUUUUUCCUCCUUCACUAUUCUACCUCACCUCAUACUUUGCUUCUCUCACAAUAUCUUCUCGUGACCUUACUCUCCUGCUUCCCUACCUACCUACCUGGUCAUUCUCCUCGCCGAUACGACUCAUACAGCUUGGAUUCUGCAAUCCAUAGGGUAUUCUAACUAUUUGUCAUCUAGCUCACUUAACUGAACAGAUCGGAUCCACCGCGUAGCUCUUCCUACGCUCCAUCGUCCCCCACAAUGUGUCCAAUGCUCCUCAGCUCCCUUCGUGAUGGUCCUGCCAUGGUCCUCUCGCCUCCCCAGGAACAUGCUUUUCUUCAAUUCCCUUGUCCGCCAAAGCGGGACGUUGCUGCCGGAGCUACCUCGCGACCUUUCUCUACCCAUGGGGUCCCCCCCAAUGCAUUCUCCUCUGGCGUCAACACCUCCUUCUCCGGAGCUUUGACCCCUAGCCCCUUCACUGGCGGAAAGCCCUCUCGCAAGAGAUCGCGUGAUGAUGUUGCCGCUGAAGACUCUCUCAGCAACGGAGUCGCAACCACUCCCGCUCCCGUGCCGCGGAAAGAACCUAUCUACGGCGACGGCAUGGUUUUUAGCAACGCGCGUACGGGAAUGGCUCUCUCCGCGGCAAGUCAAACUGGCACUUGGUAUGACGAGGCAGCGGGGAAUGCCAUCGCGGCCUCUCGCGCGUCGCAACGCCACGCCUCAGAAUCGAGCCGCAAGUCCCAGCGUCUUGAUCCGUCCGGUCCCGGGUUAGACGAUCUCGCGCUUUCCCGCAUGGAACGACAACUGCAGCAGAUCGACAAGGAUGACCAUUGCCGUCCCGUCAAUGCCGCAUCCCGAUGCAGUCCUCUCGCGCCUGCACAGCCUCUAGUUGACGACGCUACCCGCCUCCUAGGAAUCAGCUGGCAACGCAUUCAGACUGACGAUACGGACCUGGCCGCCGCCAUCCGUGGCUGGAAAAAAUACAUUGACCGACAAUUCUCACGCUACCUUGUGGAUUGCGAAAUCCUGAUGAAAAACCGCGCCUUGAACGCCUACCUGGUGACUGCCCGGCCAAUGACUGCCAUGGGUCCUGCAAACCUGAACGCUUUCUACCUCUUCAGUGACGAUCUCACGCAAAGCCAACUAGUGGGCUCAUCUUGGGAAGCCUGCCUUCGAAAUCUCCAGUCAACCCCAAUCCUUUUCGAAGGAACCGAAAUCCUCAAUGCGUCGGACAAACUCCUUAAUCCUGACUCUCGCCAGCAUCGAACUUUUCUGGCCAACCCAGCCGAAACCGGGCUCCCCCUGAUCCAGACACUCUGUGCGCAACCUGCCAGUGCCGAAUUUGGCCAGGGAUUGAACAACAGCGUAGGAAUGGGGACGGUGAUGGACCUCGAUGCAUGAGCCUCCC